AUGGCUGAGGAAAAUCAGAGUGAUAUCCACUCAACAUCUUCAAAAGACCAAACUAGUACUGGUACCGCAGAGAAGAGAAACGCCUUCGCAGAACUUAUGUCGCCCCGAAAUAAGCAGCAAAAGUCUUCGGAUGAAGCCAUGUCAAAAUCCAAAUUACCACAAUCGAAAAAAUCCAAUUCUUUUGGCGCUCGCGACGGGCUGGGUGCAUACAUCGCAAAGCCAGAGACCUAUCCUUCCAGUGUGGUAGUUUACCAUAACACAGACUUCGUCGCAAUUCAUGAUAUGUUUCCCAAAUCCUCAUUACACAUUCUACUCCUCCCCCGAGACAGUUCGAAAACACGCCUCCACCCAUUCGACGCCUUUGAAGACGCGGAGUUUCUUACAAAAGUCAAGGCCGAAGUCCGCAAACUACGCACUCAUGCUGCCGCUGAAUUGCGACGGAAAUACGGCAAGUAUUCUGAGCAGGACCGGGUGAGACAAGAAGCAUUAAUUGCCGACCCCCCCACCAGACGAAUUGCCGGCAGGAAGAGACUGGGAGAAGGAGAUAUGGAUAGGUAUAGCGAGCGUCUUAAGCAUCGAAAACACUACAACAGCUUUUCGACUCCAUUCUUUGUGCCCAUUGAUGACUUUCCGCUGGCAGAAGAUGAUGUGCGGCGGCAUCCUACACAAGAAGGGUAUUUGAAGCGGGACUUUGUGUGCUGGCGCUGUGGAGAGGAAUUUGGAAACCAGUUUGUGCAACUGAAGGAGCACUUAAAACAGGAAUUUGAAGAAUGGAAAAAGUUAUGA